AUGGCGGAGGAGCAGGGGCAGGGGCAGGGGAACCAGAAAAACGAAAAGGGUCAACUCACCGAAAAAGAAUACAAUGGAAUUUUAGGCCUUUACAGAUCAGAGUUCAGAACAGCUAACCUAUUUUUCCCGAUCACCAAUAUAGACCUUUUCAACAAAUCCCAGUGGCCAAUGCCUUCAACUAUUUUUGUGUCGUACAAACUGGCAGUUGCCAUCUACACAACAAUCGUCGUCAUAAUCAAUUUGACAAAAAAAGGGCUCAACUAUUUCGUGUACAUAUCAGAAAUUUCCUACUCGGUUAUAAUGAUUUAUUUCGUAAUCUCAUCCAUUCGUGUUUUAGUUCACGAUAUAUCACAGCGCAUAAGAGGCAAACCACCACCGGACAUCCUGGUGACUCCACAAGACAUUUUUGGAGGAAACCUCGUAGUGAUACCUGGACAAAAUCGGGGAUUCAAUAAUCAAACUGGAAACGCUGAUAUCUCUGGAGCUGUGAAAAACAUACAAACUUCAGGCAAAAUAAACCAAACCAUUAACGCUGGGGCUGGGGCUUCUGCCUCCGUUGGAAACAACGGACUGACAUCUCGACAAACUACAGACAAUGUUAACCAAACUGAUAACACUGGAGGGCUUGCCUCCGUAGGAAACAACGUGGCGACAUCCAGACAAACUACAGGAAAUAAUAACCAACCUAACAACGCUGUGACUCGGAGUCCCGUGACAACAAUAGUGGUGACGUCAAAACAAACUACAGGCAGUAGUAACCAAAAAGGGGACGCUGGUGCUCCUGAAGCCGUAGGUGACGUUGUAGUGACUACUAAACAAGUUACAGGAAUUAUUAACCAAACAAGCAAUUUUGGGGCUGCGGGUCCCGGGACAACAAUUCAGUUGAGAUCUAAACAAACAACAAUAACUAAUAUCCAAACUAACAAGACUGGAAUUUUCAGUCGUCUGAAAAACUUUGGGAGAAAAUUAAAAGAAACCUCAGGCAUUAAUGACCAAAUUGACACAACAGGUCCUAUAAAUAUUUUUGAAAGAAUUACCAUUUAUAUAGAAUGGUUGGUUAAACACAUUGCUUAUUUUGCGGCUCCGAUAGUUACAAUAAGUUACGGCUUUACCGGGGAGGGCCCUCUUACAAUGGAUGAUGUCAACGCAAACAUAAUGAACAUUUUCAUUGUCUUGAUUGACCUGCUACUCUCUGCAUCUCCUGUGAAAUUGUAUCACAUUGUAUGGGCGAUCUUUUACGGCAUUCUCUACGGUCUGUUUUCAUAUCUUUAUUACACAAAGUAUGGAAUCGUCCUCUACAAGAAUCUAACAGAUUGGUCCGAUCCGUCAAAUGUCAUUAAGAAUUUGUCUUUAAUUAUUUUUGUCGGAGCCUUUCUCAGCAACCUGCUCAUCUACGUUUUGUAUUCACUGAGAGUUGCUUCGUACUCGAAACUGAUGAAACAUUACAAAUCCAUGUCCAAUGAAAAAACUGUUAUCUACGUGAAGGCUGCAUGA